AUGGACUCGACUAUGCGAACAGUCUACAACCCUCAAGAAACUCAACCUACCUCAACACUCAACCAUUCAACCGGCCAGUCCACCAUGGCAGGCCAGUCUCAAAAUCAAAAUACCCUAGAAGUCGCAUCGAAUGCAACCAGGCAGAUGUUUUCUUCAUCCUCGCUCCAAUCUGCCUGUUCCCCGCAAACCUCCGCCCCUCCCAUGCAACCCUUGUCACAGGCAUUCGGCAACACAUCCAACUCGAGUAACCUGCCCAUCGCCCCCGCAGCCAACACCCAUGCAUAUGCAGCCCCCACUUCGGCGUCCACAUCCGAUGCCUACCCCCAUCAGAUACACGGUCUCGGGGGCCCAACUGCCACAGCGCCCUUCCUGCAGGAUUUCAGUCUUGUCGCUGAGGCAGCCAAGCGCGCUCAGAUGGGUAUUGUCAUGCGUGAUCUUGAGAGCGUGACUCUGUGA